UUGAUGAGAAACCAUAAACAUACAAAGGUUUGAGUGCCUAAAAUGUAAAUUGACACUAAUUUUCUUUCGUUGCUUCUACUGCUUGUCAUUAAGGACGUUUAUAGAUACUCUUUGAUCUGGAGAUUGAGAGUUCAAUUGUCGGGAAGAGAUCCAUGGAGUGGGCAACGCUUCAGCAUUUAGAUCUCCGGCACGUCGACCGGAGCUCUAAAACCUUGCAGCCUCACGCUGCCGCUUUCCACCCCAUUCAGGCACUCGUAUCUGUAGCCGUCGGCACGUACGUCAUCGAAUUUGAUGCAUUUACUGGAUGUAAGAUCGCUGCCAUAGACAUCGGAUCGCCAGUUGUGCGCAUGGCUUAUAGCCCGACAAGUGGGAAUGCCAUUAUUGCUAUACUCGAGGAUUGUACAAUUCGAUCAUGUGAUUUUGAUGUUGAGCAAACCUGUGUGCUCCAUUCUCCUGAGAAAAGGACCGAACAGAUUUCUUCAGACACAGAAGUUCAUCUUGCCUUGACUCCCCUUCAACCUGUAGUAUUUUUCGGUUUUCAUCGCAGGAUGAGUGUGACAGUUGUUGGAACUGUCGAAGGUGGGAAAGCACCUACGAAAAUAAAGACAGACUUGAAGAAACCUGUUGUCAAUCUUGCAUGCCACCCACGACUUCCUGUUUUGUAUGUAGCUUAUGCAGAAGGUCUAGUUCGAGCUUACAAUAUCCAUACAUAUGCUGUUCAUUACACUCUACAACUUGAUAAUACUAUUAAGCUGAUUGGUGCUGGUGCGUUUGCAUUUCAUCCAACACUGGAAUGGCUAUUCAUUGGUGACAGGCGUGGGACACUUAUUGCAUGGGAUGUAUCCACAGAGAGGCCUAUGAUGAUUGGAAUCACGCAGGUUGGUUCUCAGGCAAUUACGUCCCUUUCUUGGCUACCAUUGUUGCGGGUGAUCGUUACACUGUCCAAGGAUGGAAGUAUCCAAGUCUGGAAAACAAGAGUGAUACUGAAUCCUAACAAGCCUCCUAUGCAAGCAAAUUUUUUUGAGCCUGCUGCAAUUGAAUCAAUUGAUAUCCCUCGGAUUCUUUCACAGCAAGGGGGAGAAACAGUUUAUCCACUUCCAAGAGUUAAGGCUUUAGAAAUUCACCCAAAACUGAACCUAGCAGUAUUGCUUUUCGCGAGUAUGAGCGGUGGCGACAAUAGGAAAAACAAAGCUGCUUAUACCAGAGAAGGAAGGAAACAACUCUUUGCAGUUCUACAGAGUGCACGAGGAUCAUCGGCGUCUGUAUUGAAGGAGAAACUGGCAGCACUUGGUUCAUCUGGAGUAUUAGCUGAUCACCAGCUUCAAGCAAAGCUGCAAGAGCAUCACUUAAAAGGGCAAAACCAGCUUACAAUAUCAGACAUAGCACGGAAAGCUUUUCUUUACAGUCAUUUCAUGGAAGGUCACGCCAAGAGUGCUCCAAUAUCUCGAUUACCUCUCAUUACCAUUUUGGACACUAAACAUUAUUUGAGACAUGCCCCUGUCUGCCAGGCAUUCCAUCUGGAGCUAAACUUUUUUAGUAAAGAGAACCGAAUUCUUCACUAUCCUGUCAGAGCUUUCUAUGUAGAAGGGGUCAACCUUAUGGCUUAUAAUCUCUCCUCUGGGGCCGAAACUAUAUACAAAAAGCUUUAUACCUCGAUUCCUGGAAAUGUAGAAUUCCAUCCUAAGAACGUGAUCUAUAGCAAAGUGCAACACCUGUUUCUCAUUGUUUAUGAGUUCAGUGGUUCAACACAUGAAGUGGUUCUUUAUUGGGAAAACAUAGAUUCUCAACUUGCAAACAGUAAAGUCACCACAGCUAAAGGUCGGGAUGCUGCCUUUAUUGGUCGUAAUGAAAAUCAGUUUGCAAUUCUUGAUGAGGAUAGGACAGGACUUUCUUUAUAUGUUUUACCGGGAGCAGCUACACAAGAGUCCAAUGAAAAGAACAUGGAAGUUAAUCUAGACCAGACCGCAGAAAAGGAUGUUGCCAUGGUUAAGGGUCCUCAACAGUUUAUGUUUGAGGGUGAAGUUGAUCGGAUUUUUUCUACUCCAAUAGAGUCAACUGUGAUGUUUGCUUCCUAUGGCGGUCAGAUUGGCUUGGCAAAGCUUUUACAAGGAUACCGUAUCUCAAAUGCUGAUGGCCACUAUAUAUCAACAAAACCUGAAGGGAAAAAAUCUAUUAAAUUGAAACUAAAUGAAAUUGUGCUCCAGGUACAAUGGCAAGAAACUCUUAGAGGCUAUGUUGCGGGUAUACUAACCACACACAGAGUCCUUAUUGUUUCUGCAGAUCUUGAUAUACUUUCUUUCAGUUCAAGAAAAUUUGACAAUGGGCUUCCUUCAAUAUCCUCAAAUGCAUUAUUUAUUAUCAUCUUUGAAUUCUCUUUUGUCCUUUUUAUCUUCCCUCAAUUAUUAGGAUUCUUAACUUGUGAUUACUAUAGAUCCCUUUUAUGGGUUGGCCCUGCACUGAUGUUUUCUACCACGACUGCUGUUUGCAUCCUUGGUUGGGAUGGAAAAGUGAGAAGUAUUCUAUCUAUUAGCAUGCCCAAUGCAGUGCUUAUUGGAGUCUUGAAUGAUCGUCUACUGCUUGCAAACUCUACAGAUAUAAAUCCUAGACAAAAAAAGGGGAUUGAAAUUAAGAAUUGCCUAGUUGGACUUCUUGAACCACUUCUAAUUGGGUUUGCCACAAUGCAACAAUACUAUGAGCAGAAGCUUGAUCUUUCAGAAGUACUAUAUCAGAUAACAACCAGGUUUGAUAGCUUGCGGAUCACUCCAAGAUCACUUGAUAUACUUGCCAGUGGCCCACCAGUUUGCGGUGAUCUAGCUGUAUCAUUAUCCCAAUCUGGCCCACAAUUCACCCAGGUAUUGCGAGGGACAUAUGCAAUCAAAUCACUGCGGUUUUCUACUGCUUUAUCUGUUUUGAAAGAUGAAUUUUUGCGAUCUAGAGAUUAUCCGCGGUGCCCCCCGACGUCUCAUCUUUUCCACCAAUUUCGACAGUUGGGAUACUCUUGCAUUAAGUAUGCUCAGUUUGAUAGUGCAAAAGAAACUUUUGAAGUCAUAGGAGACUAUGAAAGCUUGCUAGAUCUAUUUAUAUGCCACCUUAACCCUAGUGCUAUGAGGAGACUCACCCAGAAGUUGGAAGAGGAGGGUGGAGAUCCAGAGUUGAGACGAUAUUGUGAACGGAUUUUGAGGGUACGGUCUACUGGGUGGACACAAGGUAUAUUUGCAAACUUUGCUGCUGAAAGUAUGGUUCCCAAGGGGCCUGAAUGGGGUGGUGGUAAUUGGGAGAUUAAGACACCAACCGACUUGAAGAGCAUACCGCAGUGGGAGCUGGCUGCUGAGGUGAUGCCCUAUAUGAGAACCGAUGAUGGUACAAUUCCAUCUAUUGUAACAGAUCAUAUUGGUGUUUAUCUGGGCUUAAUCAAAGGAAGAGGCAAUGUUAUCGAAGUCAGAGAGGAUGCUCUGGUGAAAGCAUUUAAAGCCGAUGGGCAGCAAACAUCCACAGUAGCAUUAAUGGCUAGAGGAGUAUCUGAGAGUCAAUCAAAGGGUGGUGAUUUGAUGAUGGGUGUUGAAAGUCUUUCCAAACAGUUUUUGACUUCUAACAACGUUUUAGUAGAUGAGCAGGCUAAAGCGGAAGAAGAAUUCAAGAAAUCACUGUAUGGUCCAGCGGCUGAUGGUAGCAGCAGUGAUGAAGAAGAAACCUCAAAGAAGAAAAAGUUGCUAAUUAAAAUCAGGGACAAGCCUGUUUCUUCUGCUACUGUAGAUGUAGAUAAGAUCAAAGAAGCUACAAAACAAUUGGGCGUGCCAAUGGCUAGAACCAAGUCACUCACUGGUUCAUCACCAGAUCUUGGACUUCUAGUAUCACAACAACCCUCGUCUCUACCAGGAACUGUGACCUCUCCUGCUGUUUCUAGUCCUACGGACCUAUUUGGAAUGAAUUCACUGACACAACCUGUGCUGCAGCCUGCUCCUCCGGCUAAGGGAGUAGGAAUGACAGUAGGGCCCAUUCCUGAGGAUUUUUUUCAGAAUACUAUAUCAUCGGUUCAGGUUGCUGCUUCACUACCUCCGCCCGGUUCAUUCUUGAAUAAAUAUGAUCAAAGUUCUCAGGGAGUUGAAAGCAAUAAAGUUGAACCUAACAACGCCGGUGUUAUUCCAGCUGAUAUCAGUCUUCCUGGUGGAGGAGUACCUCCCCAAGCAACAAGUCAACCAACCAGCUCAAUUGAGUCUCUAGGGCUUCCAGAUGGUGGUGUACCUCCACAAUCCAUUGCUUCUCCCGUGAUUCAGCCUCCCACUGCCAUGCAACAAUCUCAGUUUCAGACGGUCCAUGUCUCAACGGCAGCACAACCCCUUGACCUAAGUGCUCUUGAAAAUACUGGAGCUUUACAACCACCUUCUGCACGUCCAACUUCUCCAAAAGCUGUGCGUCCUGGACAGGUUCCUCGUGGAGCUGUUGCUCCGGUUUGCUUCAAGACUGGACUUGCCCAUCUUGAGCAAAAUCAGCUCCCAGAUGCAUUAUCCUGCUUUGACGAGGCUUUCUUGGCAUUGGCUAAGGAUCAAUCUCGUGGAGUUGACAUCAAAGCUCAAGGAACAAUAUGCGCCCAAUACAAAAUUGCUGUCACUCUUCUUCAGGAAAUCAACAGGCUGCAGAAAGUCCAAGGGCCUAGUGCAAUAAGCGCGAAAGAUGAAAUGGCAAGAUUAGCACGGCACUUGGGUUCGUUGCCACUUCUUGCUAAGCACAGGAUAAAUUGCAUACGAACAGCUAUCAAGAGAAACAUGGAUGUACAGAAUUACGGUUAUGCCAAGCAGAUGCUUGAAUUGCUGCUGUCUAAAGCACCCUUAAGCAAACAAGACGAACUCCGAAGCUUGAUUGACGUUUGUGUCCAAAGAGGCUUGUCCAACAAGUCCAUCGACCCACUAGAAGACCCUUCACAGUUUUGCGCAGCCACACUUGGCCGUUUGUCAACCAUCGGGUAUGAUGUCUGUGAUCUUUGUGGGGCCAAAUUCUCUGCUCUAUCUUCACCCGGAUGCAUCAUCUGUGGCAUGGGCAGUAUAAAAAGGUCUGAUGCGCAUGUGGUAGCCGUUCCUUCCCCGUUUGGCUAAAGGUAAACUGUAUAUUUAAUGGGUUUGUACUUUAUUUGGCCAAAGGGCAGUGUCCUGUAGAGCAUAUAUUCAUAGAUCAAUCAAUUGGUUGGAGAGUGCAUGCUUUUGUUGUAGUAUUUGCUCCGGGUAUUUUAUAGAGCUCCGUUUAUUAGUCCCCUUAUAACACCUUCCCUACCACUGGUUUAGUGGUUUUGCAUCCUUUUGAGCAUGUUUUUGCGGUAGUAAAUAUUUGUAUUACGCACUCACAUUCUUUGUAUUGUACUCCGUACUUCAUAGGUCUCCACAUUCCAUUACAUUAUGUGCUGUAUUAGAAGUAUUGUCAUGUUUGCUAGUACUAAAUUUUGUGGCUUAGG